GAAUAUAAAGUGAAGAAAAUGUUUCUCACGCCUGCACACCCUUUCUGUUGCUCAAGCAAUUACCAGUACCAUCCACCACGACUCUUGGUCUUCUUAGCUCCCUCUCCUUCCCCUCAAUUCACCUCAGCUUCUCUUCUUAAUCCGAGUAAAAUCUUCUCCACUUUGUUUCUUGGUAUGGCUAUCAAGGAAAAGAUUCGCAGAAGGAGAUCCUUGUUACUGUCUCAGAGAAUAACCAAUACAACUACUUCAACUUCCGAUGAUUCUCCAUUCUCCGAACCACAGAAAGAUAUGGAUUCACAACGAAAGGUCCCUGAUCUUCAAACACUUUGGAGGAGAUUCUGGAAAGUUGCUGCUCCAUAUUGGUCCUCAGAUGACAAAGUCCAAGCCAGGCUACGGCUUGCAGCCGUAUUUGCUCUCACUUUGGCUACUACAGGAAUCAGUGUUGGCUUCAAUUUUCUCGGCCGAGAUUUCUAUAAUGCGCUGGCUAACAAAGACCAGGAACAGUUUACAAAACAACUUCUGUAUUACCUGGGGGGUUUUGCUGGAGGAAUUCCGUUCUUUGUAUUGAGAGAUUAUGCAAGGGAUACACUUGCUUUGAGAUGGAGGUCUUGGAUGACAAAAUAUUAUAUGGAACGGUAUCUUAAGAAUAGGACAUUCUACAAGAUUCAAUCCCAGUCAAUAAUUGAUAAUCCAGAUCAGCGGAUUGUUGAUGACCUAAGUUCUUUUACUGGAACAGCUCUUUCAUUUUCAUUGGCAUUUUUUAACGCUGCAGUAGACUUGAUAUCAUUUAGUAACAUUCUGUAUGGCAUCUACCCACCACUUUUUGUUGUACUUAUUGUGUAUUCGUUUGGUGGAACGGCUAUUAGUGUAUAUCUUGGAAGGGGCCUAGUAACCUUAAAUUUCUUCCAAGAGAAAAAAGAAGCAGAUUUUCGUUAUGGACUUGUGCGUGUUAGAGAAAAUGCUGAAUCAGUUGCUUUCUAUGGAGGAGAGAGGAAUGAAAUGCAGCUUCUGCUGCAGCGUUUCAGAAGUGCUUCUGAAAAUUUAGCCGAAUUGUUGAUUUCUUCUCGAAAUCUGGAGUUCUUCACCAGUGGUUAUCGAUAUCUAAUUCAGAUUCUUCCUGCUGCAGUUGUUGCUCCAAUGUAUUUCUCAGGAAAAAUUGAGUUUGGAGUCAUCAACCAGUCAGUAUCUGCUUUUAAUCAUAUCCUUGGGGAUUUUUCACUCAUUGUAUACCAAUUUCAGGCUAUCAGCGCCUUUUCAGCUGUAAUCGAUCGACUAGGUGAGUUCAAUGAUGUGUUGGAGCUCGGCGGCUCUCAACUCUCAGACCCUAAUCAGGAGAUUAGUAUUGUAUACAGUGAUGUUCGAAGUUCUCCGGUUAUCCAGUCAAAUGGAUCUAUGCUAACGGACAAGUGUUAUAAGUUGGUUGACAUUGAGAAUUUGACCCUACAAACCCCAAAGAGUAAAGCUACUCUUAUUAGGGACUUAUCCUUGAAGGUUAAUACAAAGGACCACUUGCUGAUAACAGGCCCUAGUGGGAGCGGUAAGACUUCUUUGUUAAGAGCCAUGGCUGGUCUGUGGAGUACAGGGAUAGGGAAGAUCACAUUCUAUAUGAAAGAUGCGGACAGUCCUGAACCACCCCUUUCUCCAGAUAGGACAUCUCUUGAAGUAAAUAGUGCAUUGAAGAUGGAUGGAGAUCUUGAGAACUACAGCUGUGGAAAAGGCAGGGACAUAUUUUUCCUUCCUCAGAAACCGUAUAUGGUUUUGGGUACACUUCGUCAGCAGUUACUUUAUCCUACAUGGAAUGUAGAUUCAGUUCCAUCCUCAAAGAAUACCAAAUUCACAGAUUCGCUGCCUUUCUUGAUGCAAGCACCAAACCUGAAGGAUGUGGUUAAAAUGCCUAAGCCCAAUGUAGAUGAUCUUAUUCGUGUGUUGGAGGAUGUCCGCUUGGGUUACAUUCUGUCUCGUUUUAAUGGCCUGGAUAGUACAAAUGAAUGGUCUAGUGUUCUCUCCCUUGGUGAGCAGCAACGUCUUGCAUUUGCACGUUUGCUACUUUCAAAACCAAAAUUGGUUUUAUUGGAUGAAUCUACCAGUGCUUUAGAUGAAGACAAUGAGGUACAUCUAUACGAGCAGAUUGAAGCAGCAGGGAUAACAUAUAUCAGCAUUGGUCAUCGAAGAACCCUUUAUAACUACCAUAACAGGAUCUUACAUAUAUCCAAGAUGGAUUCUGACAGUGGCCCAUCCAAUUGGCAUCUUGAACCUAUCAAUCAGGACACAACAUACAAGAGGGCUAAGCCAACAUUAUAGCUAUCAGAACAAGGCAGGUAAGGAUUAAGGAUGCUUUGAUGAUAAAAGUACAUAAUAGGCCUGUGGCACAUGUUUUUCUAGAGACUGCCCCCGUGUACUACUUGAUGAUUUAGUGAAAACAACCAUAUUGCAUAUUGGAUUCAUUAUUUAUGUGCUCAGGUUGUGUUUCUGCUUUGCAUUCUAUGUAAUUAAACCUAUAAUAUCACGUGUAUUUGUUGUCCGCAACCAGAUUUUAUCAUGGCCAAAUCUUUGAUGUGUAACCCACCAAUACUGUGGUCUC